AUGGGCCUCCACGACACCUUCGAUUUCGACGAGGCCGCCUACCGCGCAAAAUGCGCGGAACGACCGACAAUCAAGCUUCAGGAGGAGGAGAUCAGAAAGCUCCGGCAGCACUUCGCGGCCAGCGCGUCCAUGGGUAUCGGCCUCAGCCACGCCGUCCAAACCGCUGGUCUCACACUGGGCGUGUCCGCAUUUGCGCUCCGGCGGUACUACGUCGCGAAGGAGAAACUCGCCAUCAUCCGCGAGGAGCUUACCAAGCGCGGCGUGCCCCUACACGACAUGACGAAGCGCGACGCGUUCAUACCGCUGGGUACCUCAGCGGUGGGCCUGGGGGUUGGCGCUGGCAUAAGUCAUCUCGUUGCCGGUGCGAUUACCGCACCUGACGUGCCUGUUCCCGGUCCUCAUGGAGGCAGCUUGGCGAUGCACUAUAUCCAAGGAGACCCGGAGGCGGCGGCCCAUGGGUUUGCUCAGGGUAUGGCUGACCAGGCGAAUGCCGUUGGUCAGGCUGCGCAUGGGGCAUUGCUGGGUCAUGGAGCUGGGCAGGUCAUGAAUGAGGCAGUCAGUGAGAACGUGAGCGGGCAUGCUGUUGGCUAUGCAGCUGGAAUCAUGGCUGCGAAGAAGAUGGAGGAGAUGCUUGCUGAGUGUAUUGGCGAGACUGUCUUCGCGUACGCCAUGGAGAAGCUCUUAGAUCCAGAGAUCAAGGUAGAGAUGAAACUCAAGGGCAAGUGCUCAAGGUUACAAGGACCGCUGGGCCAGUUUUGUCGAGGCUGCGGGGAGUCUAUCAGACACGGCAAAUUCGCACAUUGUUGCGAAGAGACAGACGACUUCGAUCUCUGCCUGAAAUGCCGGGAGGGAGGAACCUCGUGCGAAUGCUCUGAAAAUGAAAUGAAAACGAUGCAAAAGUCUGUUGCGGGUGACGUACUUGCGUCGGAAAAGGGAGACGCUAGGAGACGCCUUGCGAAUGUGUCAGAGUUACGAUGUGCUCCUUGUCAGAGGCUGAUCACCCAAGGCCGAUACUACUAUUGUCCCGAGUGCAGCGAUGACACGGACUUCGACAUGUGUGAAGACUGCUACCGCCAAGGGCAGACAUGUCAAUCCCCCGACACCCACAGGCUCUACGUGUAUCUAAGAGCCAACGUCGAUAGACCGCACCCAGAUUUUGCCACAGAUGGGAUUGCUUGUACAGGCUGCCAGACUAAGAUCAAGCAGGGGCCUUUCUAUUUCUGUGAAAAAUGUGGCGACGAUGCCGGCAUCUGCGACCGCUGUUACGAAAUGGACAAGACCUGUCGAGACACCAGCCAUGUUUUGACACGCUACGUGGUCUACAAAGGUGAAAAGAACAUAUCAAAGCAGUUCACGGAAAAGGACUGCUGUCAAUUUUGCAAGGAACAGCUGGGAGGAGGCGUCUUCUACUUACAUGCUACAUACGGGGUGCAGGUUGCCAAGACCGGACACACAGUCUUCUCAGAUGCACACCUGCCGGACCUGCGAAGCAGCCUAAAGAUUAUCUGA